AGCCCGGCAAGUGUGUGUGUGUGUGUGUUGUGUGCGGCUGAGACAGGGAAGCGCAGGGGACAGGAGAAAGUGGAGAAGCCCCAGCAGCAGCAGCGGGAGCCCCGGCAUGCUCUCCAUGCAACAGUUCCCUGCCCUGCCGGCGGAGGAGGAGCGCUACCGACAGGUCCUCGCCGCCAACCGGGUCUUAGGAGCAGAUGAGGAUAAUAUGGGGAACGGUUGCUCUCAAAAACUGGCUUCUGCCAAAUUCCUUCGUCUUUUGCUCCUAAUACUGAUUCCGUGCAUCUGUGCCCUUAUCCUUUUGCUGGUUAUUCUGCUUACCUUUGUAGGAGUGUUAGAAAAAACUUGCUUUUAUUCAAAUGGCAGUGAGGUCCUCACAGUUAAUGGUGACAUUGAAACAUCUGACAUUCUUUUGCCAAAUAUGGUUGAAAACAGUUCCACAACUAAUCCCACAGCAGAUCUCAGCACAUGGACUCCUGCCUGGGCCACCACACCUUUAUCCCACAUUGGCCAAAUGAACAAGAACUCAAAUAUAUUUAGAGAGACUUUCCAGGAAAACUCAUUUGUCUCUACAUCUCAAGCCUCAGUCCUCAAUCCUGAUCCUACAAAUGAUGCUGCUUUGGCAGAGGGCUCUGAAUAUAGCACCCAGCUGUUUGCCACUGCAGAGGGAGAGACUUCGUGGCCCAUAAAUGCAUCUUUCAACAUCACAGAGAGGAUGACCACUCUGCCUGUGUUAAGUCCUACCCAUUCAUCUGUACCCCAAAAAGUGGAUCAGAAAAAAAGUGCCUGCAUAAAUAUCACCAACAGCCAGUGCCAAAUGCUGCCAUAUAACUACACCACUCUAACUUCAGUUCUUUCCAUUGUCAAAAGUAUUGAAAUGGAAAAGUUCCUGAAGUUCUUCAGUUAUCUCAGUCGUCUCAGCUGCUAUCAACACAUCAUGCUGUUUGGCUGUAGUCUUGCUCUUCCUGAAUGCAUCAGUGACGGUGAUGACAGUCAAAGCCUCUUUCCGUGCAGGACAUUUUGCGAGGCAGCAAAAGAAGGGUGUGAACCCGUCCUGGGGAUGGUAAAUGCUUCUUGGCCAGAAUUCCUCAAGUGCUCUCAAUUUCACAACCAAACUGAAAAUGACACAACUGCAAGGGUAUGCUUCUCACCAUACCAAGAAAAAGGAAAGCAAUCACUAUGUGGAGGAGAGGAGAGUUUUUUGUGUGCCAGUGGGAUCUGCAUCCCAGGGAAACUGCAGUGUAAUGGCUACAAUGACUGUGAUGACUGGAGUGAUGAGGUCCAUUGCAACUGCAGUGAUGAUGUAUUUCGUUGUAACACAGGAAAAUGCCUCAAUUAUACCUUUGUAUGUGAUGGAUAUGAUGACUGUGGAGACCUUAGUGAUGAACAGAACUGUGAUUGUAAUCCAUUGACACACCAUCAAUGUGGAGAUGGGAGAUGUAUAACAACUGAUUGGGUAUGUGAUGGUGACCAUGACUGUAUAGACAAAUCAGAUGAAAUCAAUUGCUCUUGUCAUAGUCAGGGUCUGGUAGAGUGCAAAAAUGGACAAUGCAUUCCUAGUGCAUUCCAGUGUGAUGGAGAUAAUGACUGUAAAGAUGGAAGUGAUGAAGAAAACUGCAGUGAAAGUCAAACCCUCUGUCAGGAGGGAGACCAGAGAUGUACUUCCUGUCCUGAUACCUGUGGAACUUCUCCCUGUGGAAUGAGAAACAGCCAGAUAAACUGCAGUCAGUGUGAACCAAUUACUCUGGAACUCUGUAUGAACUUGCCUUACAACUACACUAGUUAUCCAAACUACCUGGGCCACAGGACUCAGAAGGAAGCCUCUGUCAGCUGGGAGUCUUCUCUCUUCCCAGCCUUGGUUCAGACCAACUGCUACAAGUACCUGAUGUUUUUUGCCUGUACAAUCUUAGUACCAAAAUGUGACCCCAAUACAAAUCAGCGGAUCCCACCUUGCAGGACAUUAUGUGUACAGUCUAAGGAACGCUGUGAGUCUGUGCUUGGGAUUGUAGGUCUGCAGUGGCCGGAGGACACUGACUGCACUCAGUUUCCAGAUGAGAACUCAGACAACCAAACUUGUCUAACACCAGAUGAAGGUGUAGAAGAGUGCUCACCCAGUCACUUCAAAUGCCGUUCUGGGAGGUGUGUCCUUGCAUCCAGAAGAUGUGAUGGUCAAGCUGACUGUGAGGAUGAUAGUGAUGAAGACAGCUGUGGCUGUGGAGAAAGGGGUCUUUGGGAGUGUCCUUUGAAGAAGCUGUGCAUCAAACACACGAUGAUCUGUGAUGGUUUCCCAGACUGCCCUGACAUGAUGGAUGAAAAGAACUGCUCAUUUUGUGGGGAGCAUGAGCUUGAGUGUGCCAACCAUGAAUGUGUGCCACGUGAGCUCUGGUGUGAUGGACAAGCAGACUGCAGUGACAGCUCCGAUGAAUGGGACUGUGUUACCCUGUCUAAAAACAUGAAUUCCUUGAUGUUUCUGACCGUUCACAGGUCAGCUGCUGAUAACCAUGUUUGUGCUGAUGAGUGGCAAGAAAAUUUGAGUCAACUGGCCUGCAAUCAAAUGGGUUUAGGAGGACCAACUACAACAGAAAUUGUACUAGAAGAUGAGGAAAUACAGCACCAAAAGUGGCUGAAUCUGCACCCACACUGGAAGAAUAAGAAUGCAUCAACUUUACACGCACUUCUAGUGAAUGGGCAGAUAUGUCGAAGCAGAAGCAAAGUGGCUCUCCUUUGCACUAAAGAAGACUGUGGCCGUCGCCCAGCUGCACGCAUGAACAAAAGGAUCCUCGGCGGCAGGACCAGUCGCCCAGGCCGGUGGCCGUGGCAGUGCUCUCUGCAGAGUGAGCCGAGUGGACACAUCUGUGGCUGUGUUCUGAUUGCAAAGAGAUGGGUCUUGACAGUAGCACACUGCUUCGAAGGGAGAGAAAAUGCAGCUGUUUGGAAAGUAGUGUUUGGGAUAAGCAAUCUUGAUCAUCCCUCAAGCUUCAUGCAGACCCGACUAGUGAAGACGAUAAUCCUGCAUCCACGCUAUAACAGAGCAGUCGUGGACUAUGAUAUCAGCAUUGUAGAACUAGAUGAAGAUAUCAAUGAAACGAGCUAUGUAAGACCUGUCUGUCUGCCCAGCAAGGAACAGUUGGUGCAGCCAGACACCUACUGCUACAUCACAGGCUGGGGACACAUGGGCAACAAAAUGCCUUUCAAGCUUCAGGAGGGAGAAGUUCGCAUCAUUUCCUUAGAGCAAUGCCAGUCAUACUUUGACAUGAAAACCAUCACCAGCAGGAUGCUGUGUGCCGGCUAUGAGUCUGGCACUGUGGACUCCUGCAUGGGUGACAGUGGAGGACCACUUGUAUGUGAGCAACCUGCAGGGCGCUGGACUUUGUUUGGUUUAACAUCUUGGGGCUCUGUCUGCUUUUCCAAGGUUUUGGGACCAGGAGUUUACAGCAACGUGUCACAUUUUAUUGAGUGGAUUGAAAGACAAAUAUACAUCCACACCUUUCUGCUAAACUAACUCCAGAUGGUAAGAAUUGUGCUGACAGACAUAAGGAAAAUGGAAACAGCACUUCAAUACUGAAGACUUGGCAGUCCAGAAGCUCCAUGAAAAGGGGUUUCAGGCUCUUCUAUUCUUGUUGUGGAGCUAUGGACUAUGCAGUGUAUGUUAAUGGUCAACCCUCUGCUGGUGAAUAUACUUCGGGGUAGAAUUAAUACUCCUUUUUGCUUUUUCUUUUACCUUUUGUGGUGCUAUUCCGAGCGCAGCAAAAGGCUUAAAAGAAAAGAAAGAGCCACUUUCUGCCUUCCAGAUAUUCAAACUUAGCAGUAGCACAGACUAGCAAAACUUUUUAAAAAACCUAUUUUAAUACUACUCACUCAGUAUCACAUGUAUCAGUCAUUGUCGUGAGGUAUGAACUCAGGGCAGCCAGAUGCUGCCGGCAGGGUACGUAUUCACAAGGGCCCCACCACGGGCUGGAGGCUGUGGAAGAGAUCGCUGAGCUUGUGCGUCCAGGGCACAUCAGUACAAGUGCAGGUCUCUGAAGGGGCACAGCCCUGUGCUGCUGGCGUGCCUGAACCAACACUGCCUAUCUCUAGGGGUGGCUGGCAUGGGCAUGGCACUUACCGUCCUGACUCCACAGCUCCUGUUCUCACAGCCAGCUUGGGCAUCUCUGCAGGGUGCUGGGUGGCACCAGUAGGCGAAAAGGCCUGUAACUACUACUUGAGGCACCUGAGAUCAAAAUUUUGUUGUUCAGCCUCUUUGGAUGGAUUCUACCCAAGUUUCUAUUGCUUAAUUUUCUGAAGCUUCCAUGUCUCAGUGUGCCCAGAAAUGCCUGGGUCUUGACUGCAGUACAUGGUGUAGCAUAUUUAUCAAGCCUAUGCCCCAUUGGCUUUUCUUUCCACUUUUGUAUAAUGUGUUCAGUCUAUAAGGUGUGCACUGGCAAUCUAAUCCUCUAAAACAAUGCUGUUGGCAACGUCACUGCAACAGUUUUUGUCCCAAGAGUAAGCUAGUUUGAGCAUCUGGUGAGAUGCAGAAAACGCAGAUUUUAAAGUCAAAAAGAUAUAGUGUGAGCAAAUACUGGGAAAUAAUAUUGGGAAGCUGGGUAGUUUUGGAUAGGUCUCUUCUAGUGUCUUAGUAUCUUCCACUGAAAGUUUCAUUUUGCCGAGCAAGAUUAAACAAUCUGGAGAGAGAAAAAGGCAAGAAGAAAUGUGAAUGACAGAAGACUUGGAUCUCAUCUUCUGCUCAAAUGAGCAUUAGAAAUAUGGUAAGCAAAGUACAAUAGCUUCAUCAGCAAAGGCUCAAAGAGCCCUGCUCGGGUGCUUGAUGGCAAGAGUGCUCUGCCUAGCAGGCAAGAGGCUAAGCCUUGACUCCAGGAGUCUAGAAAAAAAACUACAGUGGAGCUUGGCACCUCUUUCUUGUGCUAGAGGGGAGGUGUUUCUUACAGCUGCUGUAGGUGAUGCUCUGCACAGCUCGUUUUUUUUGGGAGGCCAGAGUAGGAGGAGUCAGGAAGCUGAGGCUUAGAGGAUGAAUUUCACAGGGGAGCAACACGUCUAAAAGCUGGGUGUUUUCAGUGCUGUGCCUAGUCCCAGUGAACUCAGCCUGAGGCACAUAAUUACCCUCGCUGCUACCUCUGGCACGUCCCCAUGACAGCAUGGCAGGGCCUUGUCAAUAACUACCAGGACUGCCAUGUGUGGAAACACGCAUCAGAAGAGCCAACUAAUGGAUACUUCAGGUACUAUUAAUCACGUUACAGUUAAUCUACAUAGUCCUGACUAUUGCUUUGGUGAAUGUUUUACCUCUUAUUUCUGUAUUUUUUCCCUUAACAUGCCUAACAUUAGACAUACUAGACAGCACUUUGUAGAGCAUUAUUAAAAAAUACUCAGUAUUUAUGGUAUGGGUUCUGAAACAAUUUAAAUGACUAAGGUAUCACUGUUUCAUGCUCAGAAAGAAAACUUUCCUAGGUGUUACUUUUCUUUUUCUAUUAAGGAUUUUGCUUUUACUGUAACUUACAAAUGUUCUUUCCCCAGAGAGAAAGCAGCUGUGGCCAUGUUUUUCCAGUGCAGGUAGGCUGCAUAUGGAGCAGGUUACUGAUGCCCUUGUUUCAAGGGUACGUAAAUGGCAGCUCUUGGUCCCCUGCUUUAGCUUUUCUCUGGGGCCAGGAUCUGGCUGAAACCUGUUGCAACAGGUCUGCCUUCUGGGGGUAAAAGCCAGGACGUGCUCUGUGAAACGAGCAGCCCAGCGUGACAGCCCUUCACCAGGUGCUUGGAAUUCUGCAAAGGACUGGAGUAUGUAUAGGCAUUGGCACUGCCAAAUGAUAAUAUGUAAAGUAAUAGUGCAUUUUAGUUAACUGGGUUUGGCCACCAGUUUCCAAGCAGUCCCUCCUCCCAGGAAACGAGGGAGUCCUGCUUAAACUCACGCUCCAGCCCUGUCCUGUUCUGGAUCACUCAGACAAUAUUGCCCUGAGAUUACCCCAGCCCAAUGGCUUUAGGAGGGAGCAGCAGGGUCUUAGCAGGGUCUUUUCCUUCCCUACAACUGUAUCUGCCACAACAUUCCAUGUAAAGAGGAAAUUUGUAAUUUUAUAAAUGUAUUUUUAUACUGCUUUUUUUCUAUGUGUGCACAUGAAAUAGGCAAAUAUAUUCCUCCUUCCACUGUAUCAAGCCUUCCCUCGUGAGCUGACAUAACGGUUAUGAUCACAACUAUGCUGCGUCUCUUACAAGUGUAGCCUCACUGCAAGGUAACACGUGUGUUGGUUUUACUUCUACCACAGCUGUACAUCCAAAUGGAAGCAAUGCCACGCAGUCAAACAGAUGUGUUUCUCUCUAGCUGUACUAAUAAAAAUUUACAAUCAUUUUCCAAGUAA